CGUCAUCGAAUUCGAACCUCACUAUUUAACUCCACCUUUUGAUUUAAUUCCUGAACGAUCUUCGUUUCCUUCUCCCUCCCCUCCACUAUUCUUCUUUACCCAAACCAGACAGACAAAAGCUCGCUGUCUUCCACGCUGUACGUCGCCGUUUCAUUGUUCUUCUCUUUCCUUCUCUGUAUCUACUGUCCAAAGUCAGCUCUCCUUCUAACUGGUUCUUCUCCUUCUCCUGGCUGCAUUUGGAGACUGAAGUCAACAGAUCCGACCCCGUUUUCUUCGUUCGCAGAUCUAGUCCUCCAUAACUCGAGCUACGACGUAGGUAAAUAACUUAGUGACACGGCUGUGUACGCUCUGUAGAUCGGCGGGGUUAACAAGGUGCGAGUGAGGAAUCGAGGGUCGAGAUGGCGCCGAGCACGAUUCGGAAAGCGAUCGGGGCCGUUAAGGACCAGACGAGCAUUGGGAUAGCGAAGGUUGCGAGCAACGUGGCGCCGGACCUUGAGGUGGCGAUCGUGAAGGCCACUAGCCAUGAUGACGACCCGGCCAGCGAGAAGUACGUCCGGGAAAUCCUUAACUUGACUUCGUACUCUCGCGGCUAUGUUCACGCGUGCGUGUCGGCGGUGUCCAAACGGCUGGGCAAGACUCGUGACUGGAUCGUGGCGCUUAAGGCCUUGAUCCUGGUUCACAGGCUGUUGAACGAGGGAGAUCCCAUUUUUCAAGAAGAGAUCCUGUACGCGACGAGGAGGGGAACCAGGCUCUUGAACAUGUCUGAUUUUAGAGACGAGGCUCACUCCAGUUCUUGGGAUCAGUCUGCUUUUGUCAGAACUUACGCUAUGUACUUGGAUCAACGGCUAGAAUUGAUGCUUUUCGAGAAGAAGGGCGGUUCUGGUUCUGUUCGAGGUGGUGCCGGCGGUAGUCAACACAGUAACGGUGACGAUAGAUUCGGAGGCAGAGAUAAUUUCAGGUCGCCGCCGCCCAGAGGUUAUGAGUACGAUUAUGGUGAUUUUAGAGAUGGUGGGCAUGGUAAUUACGGAGGGAUGACUAGAAGGUCACGGUCUUAUGGUGAUAUGAGCGAGGCUGUGGGGCGGGAGGAGAGGAAACCAAUCACUCCAUUGAGGGAGAUGAAGCCGGAGAGGAUUUUGGGCAAGAUGGGUCAUUUGCAGAGGCUGCUCGAUCGGUUCUUGUCUUGUCGUCCCACCGGUUUGGCCAAGAACAGUAGGAUGAUCUUGAUUGCACUGUACCCUGUUGUGAAGGAGAGCUUUCAGUUGUAUGCCGAUAUUUGUGAAGUUUUGGCUGUUUUGCUUGAUAAGUUUUUUACAUGGAAAUAUUCUGAUUGUAUUAAAGCAUUUGAUGCUUAUGCUAGCGCCGCAAAGCAGAUUGAUGAGCUCAUUGGGUUUUAUAAUUGGUGUAAGGAUACGGGUGUGGCCAGAUCCUCCGAGUAUCCUGAAGUGCAGAGGAUUACGAGCAAGUUGCUGGAGACACUGGAGGAGUUUGUGAGGGAUAGAGCUAAGAGACCAAAGAGUCCUGAGAGGAGAGAGGAGGCUCCGCCUGCACAAGAAGAGGAGCCUGCACCAAGUAUGAAUGAGAUUAAGGCUCUGCCUCCACCCGAAAAUUAUACUCCUCCACCCCCACCAGAGCCGGUGCCUGAGCCCAAGUCUCAACAACCUCAAGUGACUGAUGAUCUGGUAAAUUUGAGGGAUGAUGCAGUCACUGCAGAUGAUCAGGGGAAUAGGUUGGCCUUGGCUUUAUUUGCAGGUCCUCCAGGAAAUAAUGCUAAUGGAUCAUGGGAAGCAUUCCCAUCAAACGGCGAGCCCGAAGUGACCUCAGCUUGGCAAACUCCGGCAGCUGAACAGGGCAAAGCAGAUUGGGAAUUAGCACUGGUUGAGUCAGCUAGCAACUUGUCAAGACAAAAAGCAUCAUUGGGUGGUGGGUUUGAUCCAUUGUUGCUCAAUGGAAUGUAUGAACAAGGAAUGGUUAGGCAGCAUGUCAGCUCUGCCCAAUUGACUGGAGGUAGUGCAAGCAGUGUGGCAUUGCCUGGUCCAGGGAAGACAACGACCCCAGUUCUGGCUCUCCCUGCACCAGAUGGAACUGUUGAAACAGUCAAUCACGAUCCAUUCACUGCAUCGUUGAGCAUUCCACCUCCUGCUUAUGUGCAAAUGGCUGAUAUGGAGAAGAAACAGAAUUUACUAGUACAGGAGCAGCAGCUAUGGAACCAGUACCAGAGAGAUGGAAUGCAACGCCAAUCCAGCUUGAAC